UAGCUCAAGAUUGUAAGGGGAGAGAGAGAGAAAAGGAGGGGAGUGUGGUGAAUCGGUGUUUCGUCGUUUAUGGGGCUGCGUUUGUAUAUAGUGCAUGUAUAAUUGUUGUAUGGAUUUUUGUCCUUUCUUACCUUUGCCAUGCGUAACUGCAAUACAUAGAAAUAACCCGAAUAAGAUACGUCUUGUUUUUGUAACAUUCUGUUUACGAGCGGAGCAGCUUGCACAUUGAUAGCCAUACUAUUAUAGCCAUAACAUCGUUGUAAAGAUGCAUAUUUUUACCAAAUAAUCCGACGUUGGGCAUUUCCUGGUGGAUCCACCUCGAAGGACGUAGCCGACUGUUAUAUUGACGGAGCGCAUCGGAACUAAUAAUCCAGAGAUGGCAUGCCUAUUGUUUGUGGUGAUUCUCUAUGCUCUUCCAUCUUUCGUUGUGCCCAUACAUAAUUCAUCAACUGGAGGCUGUGCUAUCAUCCGGCCUCCCAGAGACGGGGGGAUCCGCUACAGAGGCCUGACACAGGAACAGGCAAGAAGAAGCUGUACAUCGGAGCGCUGUUCCCCAUGAGCGGAGGCUGGCCCGGCGGGCAGGCGUGUAUGCCCUCCGCUCAGAUGGCCCUGGACCUGGUGAACAACCGGAGCGACAUCCUGCCAGACUACGAACUGGAGCUCAUCCACUACGACAGCAUGUGUGACCCAGGAGAAGCCACCAAGUUGCUGUAUGACCUUCUGUACACCGAGCCCAUCAAGAUUGUGCUGAUGCCCGGCUGCAGCGGCGUCUCCACGCUGGUGGCCGAGGCUGCUCGCAUGUGGAACCUCAUAGUGCUGUCCUAUGGUUCCAGCUCGCCGGCCCUGUCCAACCGCCAGCGCUUCCCCACCUUCUUCCGCACGCACCCGUCGGCCACCCUUCACAACCCCACCAGGGUGCGGCUUUUCCAGAAGUGGAAGUGGACCCGCAUUGCCACCAUCCAGCAGACCACCGAAGUCUUCACCUCAACUCUGGACGAUCUGGAGCAAAGGACGAAGGAGGCAGGCAUCGAGAUCAGCGUUCGUCAGAGUUUCCUCACCGACCCGGCUGUCGCUGUCAAAAACCUCAAGCGCCAAGAUGCAAGGAUCAUUGUGGGGCUCUUUUAUGAGACCGAAGCCAGGAAGGUGUUCUGUGAGGUGUUCAAGGAGAAGCUCUAUGGGAAGAAGGUUGUGUGGUUCUUGAUAGGCUGGUACGCAGACAAUUGGUUCAAGAUCAAAGACCCAGCGAUCGACUGUACUGUGGAGAACAUGACGGAGGCCGUGGAGGGUCACGUGACCACCGAGAUCGUCAUGCUGAAUCCUGAGACGGUCCGCGGCGUCUCCAACAUGACGUCGCAGGAGUUUAUCGCCGCCCUGAUGUCUCGUCUCGGUGGUAAGAACCCAGAGGACACCGGGGGGUUUCAGGAGGCUCCUCUCGCCUACGAUGCAGUGUGGGCUCUGGCCCUCGCCCUCAAUAAGACCGUGGCCCCCCUGAAGGCCAAGGGUCGACGACUGGAGGAUUUCAACUACAACAACCAUGACAUCACCUCCGAGAUCUACAGGGCCCUCAACACCAGCUCCUUCGAAGGUGUUUCGGGCCAAGUGGUGUUUGACGCCCAGGGAUCCAGGAUGGCGAUGACUCUUAUCGAGCAACUGCAAGGAGGCAGUUACAAGAAGAUUAGUUACUAUGACAGCUCCCAGAAGAAUCUCUCCUGGUUUGGCAAUGAUGUUUGGAUAGGUGCUGGACCUCCGGCUGAUCGGACAGUGGUGAUCGAAGAGUACCGCUACUUGUCUCAGAAGCUGUUUGCAGCUUUGUCCGUUUUCGCUGGCCUCGGCAUCCUGUUCGGCAUCGUCUGUCUGACCUUCAACAUCUACAACGGAAACGUCCGCUACAUCCAGAACUCUCAGCCGUACCUGAACAACAUGACAGCGGUGGGCUGCAUGAUGGCUCUGGCUGCUGUGUUCCCGCUGGGGAUUGAUGGUCACCACGUCCACAGAUCUCAGUUCCCCGUCGUCUGCCAGUUCCGCCUGUGGCUCCUCGGCCUCGGAUUCAGCCUGGCGUACGGCAGCAUGUUCACCAAGAUCUGGUGGGUCCACACCCUCUUCACGAAGAAGGACGAAAAGAAGGAGAAAAAGAAGCAACACUUGGAGCCAUGGAAACUCUACGCAACAGUUGGAGUGCUGCUCGCUAUCGACUUCCUGUCACUCGUGAUCUGGCAGAUUGUGGAUCCCCUGCACAUUACGGUGGAGAAGUUCACAAGGGAGGCCCCUAAAGAAGAUUUGGAUGUCCUGAUUCAGCCCCUGCUGGAGCACUGCAGCUCAGAGAAGAUGAACACGUGGCUCGGUGUGGUUUACGGCUACAAGGGUCUCCUGCUGCUCCUGGGGAUAUUCCUGGCCUACGAGACCAAGUCCGUCUCCACAGAGAAGAUCAAUGACCACCGGGCCGUGGGGAUGGCUAUUUACAAUGUCGCUGUGUUGUGCCUGAUCACGGCUCCGGUGACCAUGAUCCUGACCUCGCAGCAGGACGCUUCCUUUGCCUUCGCUGCUCUGGCAGUCGUCUUCUCUGCCUACAUCACUCUGGUGGUGCUCUUCGUACCCAAGAUGCGGCGUCUCAUCACCCGCGGCGAGUGGCAGUCGGAGCAGCAGGACACUCUGAAGACCGGCUCGUCCACCAACAACAACGACGAGGAGAAGUCCCGACAGCUGGAGAGAGAGAACAGGGAGCUGCAGAAGAUCAUCCAGGAGAAAGAAGAGAGAGUUUCCGCACUCCGCAACCAGCUGGCUGAGCGACAGGCUUUACGCAACCGCCGCCGACCCUCCUCUGGCCAGAAUCAGAACCACAACGCCCCCCCGCCCUCUUCCCAGCCCGACCCCAAGUCUCUGCUGCCCCCGCCCGGAUACCCCAACCCCACCACGGACAAUCACUCCCUCCCGCCUUCCUUCUCCAACUCCUCCAACCUUUACCCGGCCGACAGCAAGAUGAGCCGCAACCACUGUCAGAACAGCCAGAUCCCACUGCUGUACAAGUAGGCGAGGCACCGGGGGGGGGGGGCAAGAGUCACACACACACGGGGACACAAAACACAAUGACACACUGUGACUUUCACUUGUUUGGGGCACAGCGGUGUAGUGACACUGUUUUAAAGAAACGGCGUGGAAGCACAAAUAAGUUCACAGGAGCGCUGUACACGCGGCAGCUUCGGGGGGGAUUGCGCAGGUAACACCCGUUCCUCACAGUCUUGAUCUCACUGCGUCCGACCCAGCAAUGAGGCACUUGUGACUGUCCAGACUAGCUGCACUCGAGGUCCUUUUUUUUCAAAGUGAACAGAAAGGUCUCUUAAUCAUUCCUCUCCCCCAUUCGUUAUCUCGUUCUGUUGUGGAGACACCUCGCCGAGGAUCUUGAAAGGAAACGUUUGUGUCUUUGUUAUAUCGUCUCCACCGUUCGUCUCUCGAGUUUGUUGACUAGGCAAGCACACACAGUAGUGGUUUAUAUUGUUCUGUAAUAUCUGACCUGUUUUGUCAUGGAGUUGUUGUUCAAUUAUUUGUUUACUUUUCAGGGGAGUUGUGGAAAUGGAAUUUACAAAAGGGACAAAGGAUUGUAAAGUCCGCUGAGCGCCACCGCGUGAAUACUGGUUUCACUGAAAGAUGAUAAUGUGCAUUAUUAAAUAGCCAUAAUUUAGAAAGGGCCUAAGAGCUUGGCAUGUAUGGACUGUGUAUUCAAGUACAACACUGCAUCUAAAAAAAAAAAAACAGUCCUUUGCUGAAUAUUAACUAAUUUCAAAGGAGGAAAGUAUCCAAGCUUUCUCAUGUUAAGGGAAACCUUUUGCCAUUUGCGAUGAUGUUUACAUGGUAUUUUUUGAGAUUUGUGUUGUACCUUUUUAGCAGUGAAGAACAGUCGUAGCCAUCAAAUAACCCCCCCUGCUGCAGCCAUAGUCAAUGCAGCUGAUUCUCACAUUUUGUCGGGAAAACUCCAACAUGCCAGAAGAAUAGUUUGUACUUUCUUCCUCUUGGAACUGAAAGCCAAUUUAUAUUUUUCACAGCAGCAGUGCGGUGAGACGUGGGGCUUCUAUGAUGGCUAUUUCUGUGGGUCUUUAGAGAAAGCACAGUUUUUAUACACAUUAUUCUUGUGAGCCUUUUUUUUUAUAGGAUGUUUUUCUUACGUUUUCCCAUAACAGACAAUCUGGAUGGAUGCUAUAUUUUAUUUUAUUUUUUUCCAUUUUGCCUUUGGGUAAAUUGUAAAUGUAUCAAAGAAGGAUGUACGUAAAGUUAUGUGACAAACUGUAUUUAUUCAGCAGUUAAUCUGGAGGUACUAUUUCAUUCAUGAGCUAUUUCCAGAUGUUAUAAAAGCAAUUAUAUCUGAACAGCUUUAUCAGCAGGUAAAACAAUACUUUGUCAAAUAUUUUUUCAAAUAUAUGUCAGUGCGCACUUUAAACUGAACAAACUGGUUAUUCCACUUCAUGUUUGCUGGUAUUCUAAUACAUUUUAGCUCAGGGUAUGGAGGAGGACAUCAAUGAAUGAAAUAGGCCAUAUGUAUUAACUGUGCAGUACCUGGAAGAGAUAGUGUAACAUAUGAAUGCAGAAAUAAUUUAGGAGUUGUUCUAUUAUCUUGCACAUAUAUGACAAUAUAUAUGGAUUUGGGGAUAUUUGUAUUCACUAUAUAUAAGAUCGUAAAUGUUAAUAUAUUUCAGAGUAUGUGUAUGCAAAUAUAUGGGUACCAUAAAUAAAAAUAAUUGUUUUUUCAUUGUGUA